AUGGCCUUAGUGGCCAUUCUAUGGAGCUUUGCUGAAGUUCUCUGGGUCGAGCAGGCUCUCGUCUACCAGCUCCAGUCUGAGCCUAGUUCGCUGGGAGACGAGAAGAUAUACAUCACUGGGAUACAUUGGAACAACGAAAAAAUACUGCGGGAAGCAUGGAUACCUGCCCUUGUUGAAUUGGUCCAGGCCAUCGGUCGAGAUAACGUCUUUGUCAGUCUUCAUGAAAGCGGUAGCUGGGACGACUCAAAGGGCCAGCUACGUUAUCUGGACGCAGUGCUUGCUCAAAAUAAUAUCCCGAGAAGAAUACUGCUCAAUGAUACAACGCAUCUCGAUGAAAUUAGCAAGCCCCCUGCUAGCUCGGGCUGGAUUGAAACUCCGACUGGCCAGACCGAGCUGCGUCGGAUACCAUACCUCGCCAACUUGCGCAACUCAGUCAUGGAACCGCUGUAUGAAUUGAAGGAGGCUGGCAUUGUUUUUGACAAAGUUCUAUUCUUGAAUGAUGUGGUGUUUAAUACUUUGGAUAUCCGCAGACUGCUAUCAACUAGAGGAGGUAGAUUUGCAGCAGCAUGUUCUCUUGACUUCUCAAAACCUCCAAAAUUCUACGACACAUUUGCUCUUCGGGAUUCUGAAGGCCACGACCAGCUCAUGCAAACAUGGCCUUACUUUAGAUCCCGGGUAUCCCGACGGGCGAUCAAGUAUAGCGAACCUAUCCCUGUAAAGAGUUGCUGGAAUGGAGCAGUGGCGAUGGACUCUUCUCCAUUUUACCAGGAUCCUCCAUUGAAAUUCAGAGGUAUCUCCGAUGGCCUUGCAAAGUCACACCUUGAAGGAUCGGAAUGCUGUUUGAUUCACGCAGAUAACCCCUUGUCAGACAACAAGGGUGUAUGGCUAAACCCAAACGUGCGGGUGGGAUACAAUAUCCCUGCGUAUACUGCAGUUAACCCAGAGAAAAUGUCAUGGCUUUCGACCUCUUCUAUUCUUAGCGGUCUAUGGAAAAACCGGAUCUUGCGAUGGUUCACGACUCCAUGGUUCACAGAGUAUACAGUUCGGAAACGACUAUCCCAGUACCAAAGAGAAGGCCCUGGAGACACGGAGGCUGGCUCCUUCUGCCUUAUUAAUGAAAUGCAAGUUCUUGUAGCCAACGGCUGGGCUCACCGAUAG